CCUUAGUUCGACAUUUUGCAGGGAGUUGUUAAAAUGUUACUUGUUACGUUCUCUCUGCUUUUCUGUUGCAGAUCUAUAGGGCGGAAGCAUCUUGCCUCCUUGCCUAGACACAAAAAUAUCUCGCAAACAAGGAGCGUGAAAAGAUCCGCGGCCCCAUUUAAAGCUGUGUUGGAGAGCAGAGGAAGAUGGAGAGGCCCCCUUUAGCAACUGAGGCAACUGGAAAAGGUCCUUCUGCUGUUCAGCUUGGGAGCUGUGAGGAGAUCUGGGCAAGCGCUAGGCAGAAGGUCCUGGAGGAGGAAACCAUCCUCCGUUCAGGAGUUCAGUCCUGGGACUUCAGGAGCUUCCAAUACCUGGAGGCUGAGGGACCCCGAGGACUUCGCAACCGAUUCCACCAACUUUACCACAAAUGGCUGCAGCCAGAAAGGAACACAAAGGCACAGAUGCUGGACCUCGUGGUCCUAAAGUAUUUUCUGACCCUCCUGCCCCCCGAAAUGAAAAGCUGGGUGCGGGAGUGUGGAGCAGAGACCAGCUCCCAGGCAGUGGCCCUGGCUGAAGGCUUCCUCAUGAGCCAGGCCAAAGGGAAGCAACAGGAAAAUCUGCAGCAGCAGGAGUCCCCCUCAGCUGUCGUUCCUGAAGAUCUGGAGAUAGAAGAUCCCUCUGAGGAGCUGCUUUUCGAGCAAUUCUCCAAAAAAGAUCCCUAUCAGGACGCCUCAGGAGGGAACAGAGGCAUCUCAUUUGUAUUCGUACAGCCAUCUUGUUCUGGUGAAACUGAAGGCGUGGUUGAAGCUCCAGCUCAGGUAGCAGAACAAAUCUCAGAAGAUGCAGGAAACCAUAUUCCAAAGGGCCUUGUGUCCUUCGAGGAGGUGGCGGUGUAUUUUUCUGAGGACGAGUGGUGUCAGAUGGAUGCCCACCAAAAAGCCCUCCACGAGGAAGUCAUGCUGGAGAAUUCUCAGAAUGUGGCCUCUUUGGGAGCUCAUGAGCAGGAGAAUGAAGGUUGCAAGGAACUAUUUCAAGAGAUCAAUCAGAAAAAGGAAGAAAGACUUAAAGAAAGAGAAAAACCAGUCAAAAAAAGGAAGAAAAACAAGUCAAAAAAACAGGGGAGGAAAAAAUUCAAUCCCCACCGUAUUCAGAUUCAACAACAAUCUUGGAAAGGAAGGAGAAAAGAAAAGACAUUAGGGAAAAGAAAGGAAGUAUUCAAAGACACAGUUGUGAAUAAAAAUCGCAGAACUUAUACUAAAGGAGAAGGUGGUGAAGUGCUGAACAAUGGAAAACAUAACAGAAAACCUGUUUCUUUAGCUGCAAGAAGAAGAGCAGGGGAAAAGCCAUAUAAAUGCCUGGAGUGUGGGAAACUCUUCAAAUGGAGCAGUUAUUUUACUUCCCACAAAAGGAUGCACGCAGGGGAGAAACCAUACCAGUGUUUGGAGUGUGGGAAGACCUUUGGUCAAAAAAGCCACCUUACUUCUCACAAAAGAAUCCACAAUGGGGAAAAACCUUAUAAAUGCAUGGAAUGUGGAAAGAAUUUUGCUCAGAGUAGUCACCUUAAUUAUCACAGAAGGAUCCACAGCGGGGAGAAGCCCUAUGAAUGCACAGAAUGCGGUAAGACUUUCCGGAGGCGCUGUGACCUUACUUCCCAUCAAAGGAUCCACACGGGAGAGAAGCCAUAUAAAUGCCUGGAGUGUGGAAAGAGCUUCAGUCAGAAUUGUUCCCUUAGGUCUCAUAAAAGGAUCCAUACAGAAGAGAAACCAUAUAAAUGCCCAGUGUGUGGGAAAAGCUUCCGAUGGAAACAUUCCCUGAUUUCCCAUAAAAGGAUCCACACGGGAGAGAAACCAUAUCAAUGCAGGGAGUGCAGAAAGAGCUUCAGUACAAGCAGCACCCUUAAUAUGCACAGAAGAAUUCACUCAAACGAAAAAAAGCACAAAUGCACGCUGUGUGGAGUAAGUUUCAGUCAGAGGGCCUCCCUGAUUUCUCAUAAAAGGAGCCAUAAGGGAGAGAAACCAUACACAUGUGUGGAAUGCGGGAAAGGAUUCCAGAAAAGCAGCUCCCUUGUAUCCCACAAAAGAACCCAUACUGGAGAGAAAAUGUUUGAAUGCAUGGAGUGCGGGAUGAAUUUCUCCGAAACAGGAUCGCUUGUGCAUCAUGAAAAGAAGCACAGAGUGGAGAAACCAUAUAAAUGCAUGGAGUGCGGAAAGAGCUUUAACAACAGCGCUGCUCUUACUUGUCAUCACAGAACUCACACUGGGGAAAAGCCAUUUAAAUGUACGGAGUGCGGAAAGAAAUUUAGUCAAAAUAGUUACCUCAUUAUCCACAGAAGGAUUCAUACGGGGGAAAAACCGUAUAAAUGCCUGGACUGUGGGAAAAACGUCGCUCAGCUUUCUUCUCACAGAAGAGUCCACAGGACAGAUAAACCACAUCAAUGCACGGCGUGUGGGAAACGUUUUAAAUGGAAAAGCAGCCUGACUUACCAUGAAAGAACUCACACGGGGGAAAAGCCAUAUAAAUGCGGCAAGUGCGGGAAAAGCUUCAUCACGAGCAGCAAGCUUUCUUUCCACAUAAGGAUCCAUGCAAAAGAGAAACCCCAUAAAUGUACAGAAUGUAGAAAAAGUUUUAGUCAGAGAUGUGACCUAAUCUCCCAUAAAAGGAUCCACUUAAUAGCAAAGCCAUUUAAAUGCACGGAAUGCGGAAAGUGUUUUCGCUGCAGGAGUGCGCUUCGUUAUCACAACAGGAACCACACAGGGGAGGAACCCUACAAAUGCAAGGUGUGUGGGAAGACAUUCAAAACUAGCAGUAACCUUACUUCACACAGAAGGACCCACUUGAAAAAGAAGUAACUGCCUGAAGCAGGGGAAGAGUUUUGAGUUAAAUUUCUCAUCUAUGAGUCCACCAAAAAGUCUAUAUAAGCGGAACGGGGAGAUAAUUUGAACUAAGUGCAAAGAAUUCAUAUGAAGGAAUAUUGUCCUAAAAUACUGAGACAUUUGUGUCAGUUGUCAAAGUCUAGGAGAGGGCUGGACUAGAAGACCUCCAAGGUCCCUUCCAACUCUGUUCUGAUUCUGAUUUAAGUCCUUCGCUAGCCAUCAUGUGAUGGACAGAAGAAAAUCAUGCAUGAGAAUUUCAGUCCUAACAUGGAAUGGACUUUUUCAACGAACACUCAUUUAUGUUGUUACUUCAGAUUCCAACUGCAAAAGGAUUAUUUCUUCAUGAGAGAGGGUUGAGAUGUUUUAAUGUUUCUUUGGCAGUUUCUUAAUGUAACUGAUAUUCUGGUGCUUUUAUUGGAAUUAAAGGGUUUCUUUUGUUUAGUUUACAGGCACUGGGUAUAUAUGCUGUAUGCUACUCACAGUGGUCAUAGUAAUAAACAUUUUGCUAAAAUGUUUGCCUGGAUGUUCUAUACC